AUGGUCUUCACGCCAUCACUGAGGCUGCUUGCAGUCUCACUCGUUGCCCUCCUCCAGCCGGUAUCCGCGAUAUGGCCAGCACCACAAACCUUCACCAAGGGGAACUCGAGUCUGUACCUGCACCAGAACAUCAAAAUAACCUAUAAUGGAGAACCUCUCGCCUACACAGCAGACUAUCCCGCCUCGGCCCUGAGCAGCAAGGAGAUCGUCACGGCUGGUGUCUCACGCGCACUGGGCUCCAUCUUCUCCCAAAACUUCGUGCCCUGGAUGCUUCAGCCCCGCGGGCAGCUGUCCAAGUUCGAGCCCGACGUGUACAAGGGCCAGAAGUGGAUCAAGUCUCUCGAGAUCGUUCAGAACACCAAGGAUGCCAACAACAUCGUCAAGCCUGCGCUGGCCGGCGAGGUCAGCGAAGAGUAUAGCCUCACGCUCAGUGCCGAGGGCGACGUCAAGUUGACGGCCGACUCUUACAUCGGCGUCCUGCACGGCCUCGAGAGCUUCACGCAGCUCUUCUUCCAGCAUUCGACCGGCACCUCGUGGUACACACCGUGGGCACCGGUCGAGAUCAAGGACAAGCCCAAGUACCCGCACCGCGGCAUCUUGCUCGACGUUGCGCGCACAUUCAUGCCCGUCAAGAACAUCCUGGGGACCAUUGAUGGCAUGGCCGCCAGCAAGCUCAACCGGCUGCACGUGCACGUCACCGAUUCGCAAUCGUGGCCACUCCAGAUCAUCUCCAUGCCCGAGGUAGCUGAGAAGGGCGCCUAUCACCCAAGCCAGACGUACUCGCCCGCCGACAUCGACAACAUCCAGAAGUAUGGCGCCCUCCGCGGCGUGCAGGUCUACUUCGAGAUUGACAUGCCGGGCCACAUCGGGUCCGUGUCGCUCUCGCACCCGGAUAUCAUCGUCGCAUAUGAUCAGUGGCCGUAUCAGUGGUAUUGCGCUGAGCCUCCUUGUGGCGCCUUCAAGCUCAACGACACCAAGGUCGACGACUUCCUCGGAAAGCUGUGGGAUGACCUGCUGCCCCGCGUUACGCCGUAUUCGGCCUAUUUCCACACUGGCGGAGACGAGCUGAACAGGAAUGACUCGAUGCUGGACGAAGGCAUCAAGUCCAACGACACCGAGGUUUUGCGCCCGCUGCUUCAGAAGUUCAUCGAAAAGCAGCACAAUCGCGUCCGGAAGCAGGGCCUGACUCCCCUGACUUGGGAGGAGAUUCCACUUGAGUGGAAUGUCAAUGUUGGCAAGGAUGUCGUAGUGCAGACGUGGCUUGGACCAGAUUCAGUCAAGAACUUGACCAGCAAAGGUCAUAAGGUUAUUGACAGCAACUACAACUUCUGGUACCUCGACUGCGGCCGCGGACAAUGGCUCAACUUCGACAAUGCCGGUUACGCCGCCUUCUCGCCCUUCCUCGACUGGUGCAACCCCAACAAGGGCUGGCGUCACGUCUACUCGCAUGACCCGGCCGCCAACCUAACCCCGGAAGAGGCCAAACUCGUUCUCGGUGGCGAGGUGGCCGUGUGGGCCGAGUCCAUUGACCCAAUCACUCUUGACACCAUCAUCUGGCCGCGGGCUAGCGUUGCUGGCGAGGUUCUCUGGUCCGGACGUAUCGACCCGGCCACGGGCCAGAACCGGACGCAGCUGGAUGCGGCGCCGAGACUGUCGGAGCUCAGGGAGCGCUUGGUCGCUAGGGGCGUGCAGUCGUCCUCCGUGUACAUGACAUGGUGCACGCAGGAUCCGACGGGUAAGUCGUGUGAGUACCCGUUGGUGUGA